AUGUCAACAGAUAGACACUCUUCUUCUAUCUCUGCACCUGAUGAAAAUCACAUGUUCCUCGACAUAAUGCAAGAGGCUCCUUUAUUUGGUUACCGGAAGCCAACGAGGGUCAUUGGGAGCUUCUUCUACUGUAUCUUAUUGGCAAGUUAUGCGAUUUUAGCUGUAGGAGCUACAUGGAUACUCCAUCCCAUACAAGGAUUAAUUGCCCUACUGCUCUGCAGUUGCGAUGUCAUUCUUUUGGUUGUCACAGGCAUAUUUCAGCAAUAUUUGGUUUACCAAGUUCAGAAGAUACGUCUUCAGGGUUACUAUGGUUUCAGCCAAAAAUUGAAGCAUAUCAUUCGCCUACCAUUUGCCACCAUUGCAUAUGGAACUGCUGCAAUGCUGCUUAUCGUGGUCUGGAAACCCCAUAUCAAUAUUCUUUCCAUCACUAGUUUACUCAGGAUUGUUAUGCUGGUUGAAGCAAUAUGUGCUGGUUUUUUUAUGAGCAUUUAUAUUGGUUACGUGCACCAGUACAAUUCUUUGGAUUCCCAGCCUGAUGUUUUAAAUUCACUAUAUUCUCCUCUGCAACAAUCAAGUUCUUUGGAAGGAUUGAGGUAUCAUGAUGGUGGACGGCUCUCUGAUCAGCAAAUGGCCUUGUUGCAAUAUCAAAGAGAAAACCUUCACUUUUUGAGUGAGGAGAUUCUUAGGUUGCAAGAAUGCUUAAGCAAGUAUGAAAGAACUGAUGACGGGAGCACACCUCAGGUUGAUCUUGCUCAUUUGUUAGCAGCUCGUGAUCAGGAACUGCGCACACUCUCAGCAGAGAUGAAUCAAUUGCAGUCUGAGCUAAGGCUUGCACGAUCUCUGAUUGCCGAAAGGGACUCGGAAAUCCAAGGAAUUCGUGGAACAAACAGUCAGUAUGUUGAGGAGAAUGAAAGGCUUAGAGCCAUACUAGGGGAGUGGAGUACCAGAGCAGCUAAGCUUGAGCGUGCAUUGGAGGUUGAGCGGAUGUCAAAUUUGGAACUCCAAAAGAAAAUGACAACAUUAAAGAGCCAAACAACACAAGAACAAGUUGAACCUACUCCACAGCUGGAUCAGUAA